AUUGUACAGCUUGACUAUGGAGAAUGGAUCAGUGGUGACAUCAUUCAUAUUGAUGGCAUACACUGAACUGGAAGACCAUAGAUAUGUAUACUUCACAGGUUUCCUGUUAUUGUUCAUCCUUAUGGUAUUAAUAAAUAUAAUUCUUAUUAUAGUCAUUUACAUUGAAGCAGGUCUCCAUGAACCCAUGUAUUUUCUUCUGUGUAGCUUAGCACUGAAUGGAAUUUAUGCCACUAUAUCUUUAUUACCAUCAGUACUUGUUAAUUUAAUGUCUCAUACUUAUGAAAUAUCUCUGACUGCUUGUCUUUUACAGAUCUUUUGUAUACACACAUGUGUUUCAGUUGAAUUUACUAUUUUAGCCGUGAUGGGCUAUGACCGGUACGUCGCCAUUUGUCAUCCACUACACUAUCACCAAUUAAUGUCUCAUAGAAAAGUGUGCACCCUUAUGGCAUUAUCCUGGAUUUAUCCAUGUACUAUUUUUGGACUCUAUUUCAUAUUAACUGUACAGCGGACAUUUUGUGGCAGGAUCAUAGAAAAAGCAUAUUGUGUCAAUUUUGAAUUAGUUAAACUGUCUUGUUUUGAAACUUCUAUUCAGAGCAAAGUUGGCUUUGCUGUAACUAUUUUUGUAAUUGUGCCACAGCUGCUCAUGAUACUAUUUUCCUAUGCACAAAUACUCAGAAUCUGUAUGUAUGCUUCUAAGGAAUCUCAGGCCAAAGCUCUUCAAACAUGCACCCCACACAUACUGGCUGUGAUUAACAAUGCAGUGGGUAUACUUUUUGAAAUCAUGCAGACUCGUUUCAACGUGAGUCAUAUACCUAAUAAAGCUCUCUUAUUCAUGUCCCUUUACUUCAUUAUAAUUCCCCCAUUGUUUAAUCCUGUAAUUUAUGGAAUUAGCAUUCAAGCAAUCAGGGUUCAGAUUUUCAAACGGUUUACUGGUAAGAAAAAUAAGUUAAUAAUGUAAUAUAUCUGCCAAGAUAAUUCAAGCUUCUUUCCUGUUUGCAUAUUAGCAUUUAUCAGAUACUCUCAUGCAGAGUGACAUACAUCAGUUAUAUUAAAAAAAAGUAAAUUAUAUUAAAAUUGAUAGGCCCUGUUCCCUAACCAUUGUACUACACUACCCCCCAAAUGAAGUUCUUAUUCACUCAUAGUUCAUAGUUUUGGGAAUCUUGUUGUCAUGUGUUUGUUAUUCGUACUGUGAUUUUGAUGUUGUUAAGUCACAUUUGAUACCCAUCACACCAUGUUUUUAAAAAUAAAUAAACCUUGAUUUUUUUCAUCAGUAUUCUUGUUCAUGGUAUGAUACUUGUGCUGGUAAAU